CGGGAAGUGCCGAGCGAGGGAGCGGCUGGGCGGGAGCGCCUGCGGUCGAGAGUCGCCGGCUCAAAGUCCUCCGUCCCGCCGAGCAGCGAAGCCGCCGCCGCCUCGCCUGGGCCAGCGCUGCCGUCGGGAAGCCGCUUCUUGCCCUCGCCCUCGCCCGCGCCCGCCGCCUGCCCCCUCGCCCGCCGGCGCGAUGCCGGUCAAAGGAGGCACCAAGUGCAUCAAGUACCUGCUCUUCGUCUUCAACUUCAUCUUCUGGCUGGCUGGCACAGCCGUCCUCGGAAUUGGACUAUGGCUUCGGUUUGAUACACAGACCAGGGAAAUCUUCAACUCGGAGCACAAUGAUACAACAUUCUAUACAGGUGUUUACAUUCUGAUUGGAGCCGGUGCCCUCAUAAUGCUGGUGGGCUUCUUGGGGUGCUGCGGAGCAAUCCAGGAGUCGCAGUGCAUGCUUGGCUUGUUUUUCACCUUCCUUCUCGUGAUUUUUGCUCUUGAAGUAGCAGCUGCCAUCUGGGGAUUUUCAAAGGACUCCAAGGUCAUUGAUGAAAUACAGAACUUCUAUCAAUCCUUAUAUGAUAAAAGAAAGGAACCAAGUGUGAGAAACACUCUGAAAGCCUUUCAGCACACAGUGAACUGCUGUGGUCCUUCGGGCACUAUAGAGCCUGAAUAUCAGGAUACCUGCCCUGCAACCCGAGAGGCAUGUAUUGGGCCGAGAUGUAUAAUUUGUAUUUUGACUUGUGGGUACAAUGAUCUCUUCCGCCUGGGCCUGGUUAUCGCCCUGUCCAUUGUCCUCGUUUGUUUGUUUUCCAGAUUUCUAUUGCCACCCAUCUCUCCUGAAAGGGGACUCUUUUGCAUUGUCCUUAGAUUUCUUUACGGAAGCAGAGUAUUCCCAGGGGUAGUAUCAGGUUAGCCGGAAGUUCCCAGAGAAGCCAAAUCUCGUGGGUGCCGAAUCUCGUAUUUCCCAGAGCUACAGCGGUCUUUGUGUCUGCAGGGGAGGGGUGAUGGCGGCGGUGAAUGAAAGAUUGACUGCAAUUUGUAAGAACCGAAAAGUGGGGAUUCAAAACGGGGGGAGGAAGAUUGAACUUCCUCCUUCCCACAAGUGGCAACAAAAAAUCAUCCGUCCAUUCCAAAGGCAGCUUCCCCUGCAAAGUUCGUUGUCACGUGGGAUGGCGACCCUCAGAGCUGAGACAGCUGGGGACGGGGUGGGAGGGGCCGGUCCUCCCCUCUGGAUAUGCGGUUGGAAGUUUUGUUUCAAAGCCCAGUCCAGGAGGGCGAAAGAGGGGUGGGGGACCAGUGAAAUGUUCCAUAUUCCACUUAAUUCUGGUUUGGCCAGACCCCGCCUGGUCUGCUCGGGCACUGCACUUCCAAAGGAUUCGGGGAACUGGGACAGGCUCCCACGCAGGUCCUCUGGAGAGAGACUGAAGGCGCUGGGAAUGCUUUGCCUACAAAAGUUGACCAUGGGGGGAUAGUGGGAUGCUUGAAAGGAUGCCACGUAGAAGAAGGUCAAGACCCCUCCCUCCCUCCCUCCCUCCCUCUUUCUUUCUCUGUCCAGAAUGCAGGACCAGAAUAACUGAUUUAAAAAGCAGAUUCCUACUGAAUAUUAGGGGGGAAAACCUAGCAGUAAAAACAGUUUGAACCAAUGACCAGAGAAGUGCUAGGCUCCAGCAGAGGAUGCCCAGCCAUUUGUUUGGGAAGCUUUAAUUUGGAUUCCUCUGGGCAGGAGGAGGGGAACCAUAGUUUGAAGGGCCCUCUCCAACUUCGGGGUUCUGUGGCCACAUCUGCGAACUAUUCUGGCCGCAGUCACCCAGCCAGUGCAUGCCGUAUGGUGCUGAACUCGGGCAGAAUCCAGAAGUCUCUUCCUUGGUCCUGGAGGGAGUGUGGAGCUGUGGCUGAAUGUCCCUGCAGAACUUGCUGUGUUACUUGGUGGGCAAAUAAAUUGUGCAGUGCAUUUAACACGUCUCCUCCAGAAAUAAGGGAAAUUCUUGAACAGUGUGCUGUGGAAGAGCUUUUUAUUAAUCAUAGUAGUUGGCCAAUGGAAAACAUUUUUAAAAAUGGGGGUGGCCAGAAUAUGGAACUCCUAGCAAUGGUAUUACAAAAAUGUUUUCUGAAAUAUUUAGUCCUAGUGUGCAACAAAAUCAAAGAAUACAGUUCCUUUCUCUUCCAGCCAUGCCCUAAAUCUAUUGAAGAAUUCUUCAAAACCAAGUUGAAUGUGAUUGGAGCUGUUGGCAUUGGGGUUGCUGUGGUGAUGGUUUUUGGUAUGAUUUUCAGCAUGAUUCUUUGCUGUGCAAUCAGAAGAAACCGAGAAAUGGUCUGAAGCCAUUUUGGAGAGUCCCAUCUCCUCAUCCAAAGAAUCUCCAAUUAUUAACUUAGCAUUUUAAAUGGCAUUUCUAAAAGUAUAUAUUUCAUUUUUACAGGCCUUAUUUAGUUUGGAUGUUCUUAAUUUUUUGCUCUGUAAGUGUAUAAAUCUUAAAAGAAAUCUACUCUUGAAAAGAUACUAUAUUUGUAAAGCUAAAGCCCAGCUACUUGUAUAUAAAGUUUUUGUCUCUAAAUUGAUGCCUUGCUUUCUUUAAGCUUAAAACUGGGAUGUAAUUUAUGUUGGAGAAAUUUUCAUACUUAAUAAAGAUUUAAGACCACA